AUGCAGUCACAAGAGCCCGCCGCGCUGCAGCUUCGUAUACAGGAGCUCGAGGCCGAGUUGGCCGCCCUCCGUGCCUCUGCUCAAGAAGCUUCUGGCGAUAUCGUCACAUCCGCUGAAGCUCGGGAAGAGCAAAAGGAAUCAAAUGAGAACCUGCCACUUUUGUUGGAUGAGUAUAGACGGUAUGGUAGACAGAUGAUCAUGCCAGAGAUUGGGUUUGAUGGACAACUACGGUUAAAGCGUGCCAAGGUUCUUAUUGUAGGCGCUGGCGGACUUGGGUCACCAGCUGCUGCAUAUAUCGCUGGAGCUGGUGUAGGAACCAUAGGGAUAAUUGAUCAUGAUACUGUCGAGCACUCGAAUCUGCAUCGACAGAUCAUACAUUCUACUUCGAAGGUUGGGAUGUCAAAGGUUGAGUCUGCAAUCACUUACCUGAAAGACUUGAACCCUAACCCUACCUAUAUCCCUCACGUCCAAGCACUCACCUCAGCCAAUGCUCUUCCUAUACUUACUCCCUACGACCUGAUUCUUGAUUGUACUGACCAUCCCUCCCUUCGUUACCUCAUCUCCGACACCGCAAUUAUUCUUAAUAAACCUAUCGUCUCCGCCUCUGCCUUACGUACCGACGGUCAAUUAAUCGUGCUCAAUGAUCCCCCUGGAUCCGGCCCCUGCUACCGUUGUAUAUGGCCUAACCCGCCUCCAGCCUCUACUGUCACCAGUUGCGGCGAAGGCGGGAUUCUAGGCCCCGUGGUAGGCGUCAUGGGUGUUCUCCAAGCCCUCGAGGCGAUCAAAUUGCUUUCUAGACCGGCUCCCCCUGAACAGAAAACAACGAGUAUGACAAUAUUCUCGGCAUUUCCACAAAUGGCAUUUAGAACUUUGAAGAUGCGUGGGCGAAGGAAAGCUUGUGUGGCGUGUGGAGAGCCAGCUGACGCAAAGGAUAAGAUAACCAAGGAAGCAAUGGAGAAGGGAUUGAUCGACCACAUUGCUUUUUGUGGGACUAGUGCUCCUGUGGGGUUAUUGAAACCUGAGGAAAGAGUCGAUGUGAGAGAGUAUAUGAAGGUUCGAGAUGAGGGAAAGGAACAUACCUUGUUAGAUGUGAGAGAUGAAACACAGUUUGGGAUUUGCAAGUUAGAAGGGAGCUUAAACAUUCCGUACUCUGAAUUCGAGUCACUAGCACUCGCAGAGGAUACGGCAUCCAAGAUCCCAGAAUCACUGCAAUCAAUCCUGGCUAAAGGUUUACCCGAAGCACCGAUUUAUGUCCUUUGCCGUCUCGGGAACGACUCACAGCAUGUUACGAAACAACUGAAAGAUGCAGGUGUAGCGGGAGGGCGUGUUUUUGACAUUAAGGGUGGCAUUUCAGAGUGGGCUAAGAGUGGGGUUUCUGGCCCCUUUCCGCAGUAUUGA